CUGAUAUUGAUUGCGCUUUCUUUACCAGCUAGCGAAGUCCAUACAGGCGAAUCUACGAGAGAAGAGCUUAGACAAAGCCACCCAAAGUAUAGAAAGAUUGAAAAGCAAAAAGAAAGUCAUUUGAGGAAUAUGGCGGAAGCAGGUGCAAAGUCUACACGAGCCAAUAAUCAUUACUUGGAAGCUCAUACCUCAAUAUGUGCUCCUUUUGCGGCUUCUUUAUACUACGAUCAACAAAAGUACUAUGAUCAUAAAUACAAUUCCCAUCAAAAGAAAGCAACGCAAGCAAUGACGGAUCUUAAGCAGAUCGAAGCCGUACAUGGACAAAGAACGCAACAUCCACCAAUGUGGAAGUUCAGCGUAAAAAUGAUGCACGUCCUCCUCUUGAUUUUGUACUGCUCAAUGCUUAUGACGAACGCUUUACCUGCCAAGAAGACAGAGCUUGAAUCAGCAACAAAAAUUGCUCAAAAGCAUGAGAACUCGGCAAACAAGUACAAGGCAAAAUCAGACAAUGCUUACAGGAAGUUUCAAAAUUCUUGUCUUGAAUACGAUAAACAUAAUAAGAAGGCUUCUAUGGCUCGUAUUAAGGUGAACGACUUGAAUGGAAUACCCAGACGAACGCCUACGCCGAUUGUAGAGGAAGUUGCCAAAGAGGAAUCCCAACACCCACACCCACAAACAACAAAGACUGAUGCUCAUCAUCCGAGCACAUCUAGUCAAGAAAUUCUGCUUGCUGAAAGCUCACCUCCUUCGCCGUUAUCGCGCACCUUGAGUCGUGGUAAAACACCGGUCCAUGCUUCUCGUCAUUGA